AUGUGUAAGUUUGCUAUAGAAACAACUACAAAGAAAGAAAUUGUAAUAAUAUCUGUGAAUAAAAAUAUCACCACCUUGACCACAACAGUCGCACCUGAACACUUUGAGCCAAUUCAGAACAAUAGCAAGUUUUUAACCAUAUCAUUACCAGUAUUUUUUGUUGUAUUAUUAUUCGUAAUAAUAUAUUGGUGUUUAGUGCAUAACAAACGAUUAUGUCAAUAUUGUUUUCCAAAAGGUGGACAAAGGAAGCAUGAGUAUGUUGCCGGGAAGUGUAUUUGUCAUGCACGAGAAACUUGUAAAAAAAGAACACCGUGUUGUGCUCAACUCAAAGAAGUCAUAGUAAGUGGAUUUAAGUGGAGCACAUGUACAAAGAAACCGGAAGGAACGUGUUUGGUUAAACACUUAACUAUUGAGGAAAUGGCAGAAAAAAAGUGGAGAGAAAAAGCAAAAGAAGACCCGUGUAAUACUGAAACAUCCGAAAUAGGACAACCAGAACUCAUAUGUGAAUGUAACAGAGAAAUACGGAAGAUACCCGAAGAACCAUGUAAAAGGACCGCCGAAGUAAAAUGUCAAAAUGAAGAAGAAAAACUGGAGGACGCAUUCAGUGAAGAGAGCACUGAUAUGAUUACUUCAACCACACAGUCUGAAUCUUCAGGAUAAAUUGAAGUAUAUGACUAUGAAACUUUUAGAAAGAAAUAUACAAAAAUACUAAUUUUCACUUUUCAUCAUUUUUAUUAUAUGGAGUAGUUAUUUUUAGAAUUUCAUCAAGAAAUGUAAAUGUUCUAAAGCU